CGUUGGAGAGCUAGUCCUAUUGUGAAAUGAUUGUUCUUAACUCGAAUAGUAUUGUACACAAUGCAGGGUAUUUGUAUUAGAGAAGAAAAAAAAAGGACAAGCCAACCGUACCAAUCUAAUUGGAAGGGACCAUACCAAGUUUCUUCUCACAUACCUACCAUAGUUCCACACAUGGAAUAAUAACUCACUUGAAACGUCAAAAAAAUCCACAGCUUUCUUAGCCGUUGAUCACGGUGGUUCUUUGCUUAAUUACAUGACUCAAAACCUUGCUUACACACAUCACAUGAACCUUGUUCAAUUGUCACACCAUUAAUUCUCUGUUUCUGCAGAAUUAGACCCACUUUUCCCCCUUGUUAACACUUAACAACAUGCAGUUAUUUCACAAACACACCACACUGCAGUCUCUGGUUAACUUUCUUCUAGUCUCUUCUUCAUUUUGUGUCCUUUAUGUCCUCAUAUCAGUGCUGUUCCUAGGGACAUCAAAACUAGUACAUGUCCAUUCUUCAUCACAAGAAUUGUCCACACCCACCACUCUUGAUCACCUUGUGUUUGGAAUUGCUUCAAGCAAGAGCUCAUGGGCAAAGAGGAAGGACUAUGUGAAGCUUUGGUGGAGAAACAACAAUGCAAUGAAGGGGUGUGUGUUCCUUGAUACCCUCCCUGAUGAAGAUGAAGACAAUGAUGCUUCUGAUUCUGUUCCUCCUCUCUGUGUCUCUGAAGACACUUCGCGGUUUCGCUACACUUGCCGAGGCGGGCUUCCCUCAGCGAUUCGCGUGGCGCGUGUUGUGGUGGAGACUAUAGCCCUGAAGAACAAUUCAGAUGUGAGGUGGUAUGUGUUUGGAGAUGAUGACACUGUUUUCUUUCCAGAGAAUUUGGUGAAGACUCUUUCCAAAUAUGAUCAUGGCCUUUGGUACUAUGUUGGGGCAAACUCUGAGGUUUAUGAGCAGAACCGGUUGUUUGGGUUUGGAAUGGCUUUUGGGGGUGCUGGUUUUGCUAUCAGUUCCUCUCUGGCAAAUGUCUUGGUCAAGGUUUUUGAUUCGUGUUUGGAAAGGUACCCUCAUCUCUAUGGAAGUGAUGGCAGGGUGUACUCUUGCUUAGCAGAGCUUGGUGUGGGAUUAACACAUGAACCUGGUUUUCAUCAGGUUGAUUUGAGGGGAGAUACCUUUGGCCUAUUAGCUGCUCAUCCAGUAACUCCCUUGUUAUCCCUGCAUCACCCUGAUUACACUGAUCCAAUCUUUCCAAACAUGACAACCACACAAGCCCUGAAGCAUUUAUUCAAAGCUGCAAGUGUUGAUCCUCAGAGGAUGCUACAACAAACAAUUUGCUAUAACAGGUGGUUUUCAUGGACAAUUUCAGUGUCAUGGGGAUAUGCAGUUCAGGUUUUCCCUCACCACAUGUCUUUGCGUGAGGUUCUGAAGGUGCAAGAAACGUUCAAGCAGUGGAAGAAAGGAAACAUGUUGGCAAAAGCAUACACUUUCAACACAAGAGGAACUCCCCCUGACCCAUGUAAGAGACCCUCAGUUUUCUAUCUAGACAAUGUGUCUUUUGGUAAUGAUGGCAUCAUCAUCAGUAGUUACAAGAGAUCGUUUCAAAAUUGCUCAAAUGAUGAUCUGUUAUCUCCUAAGAGACUAGAAGAGGUCAAAGUGGUCACCAAGAAGCUAGACCUUGAUAUCAAACAGUUGAAGGCUCCAAGAAGGCACUGCUGUGAUGUAAUGCCCUCUAGCGCUCGUGACCAACUGGAAAUCGAAAUCAGAGAAUGCAAAGAUGAAGAAUUGAUUUACAUGCACUGAUACAAGUGUUGCAUUAGCUGUGAUCACUUGUUGGUUAUUUUUCACCUGAUAUAGUGUACCAAGGGUCAUCAUAUAGUUGAUAAUAGUGUAAUUACAUGAAACUACAAGAGUAGCUUUUAACCCUGACUUUUUGUUUUCUGAGAGUGUAGAGUUAGUGAGAAAAAAUAAACUAAAUAACAUAUCUAUGACUAAAACUACUUAGCCAUCAAUGUAAUACUUUAUUAUCUUAAAACCAUGUUGUUAUUCAAGAGGUAGGAAACCUUACAUGAAA